AAAUGUUGAUACAUUCGGUUCGGUUUCGAUUCUUCUUUCAUAAAUUCUGUUGCUAGUAUAAAUAUCCAAUUCAAAAGAAGAAUAAAAUAUAAACAGGGAAGGGGUUGUGCGCAGAAGGAAAUACCGACAAAAUUUAAAUUUAGCCAUCCGGAGGCAAAUUUUCGCCCGAAUUUUUCGUUUAUUUAAACAAUUGCUCGUCUGUUUCUGACGUCGAUAGAAGUAAUUUUUCAUUUUCGGAAAAUUCAAUAUUGCAUUUAGUUUUGAUCCUGAUUUUGAAAAUAUCUCCAAAAAGUGUUCCCUUGAUUGGUUUUCGAGGAGUUGAAAAAGAAAAAAAAGUUCACCCAGUUUCGUUCUAUUUUUAAAAAAAGUCCAACUUCGACGUUUAAAAAGAAAUUUUCAAAAAAUAAAAGCAAUUGUUGUUUUGUGAAAAAAAAGUGAAUUGUUUUAAGAAAACGUGAUUUUUGAAUUGUGUGCCGAAAAAAUAAAUCAAUUAUUUUUCUUUAAAAAUUCCAAUUGAAGUGACUUAUAUUUUUGAAAAUUAAAUUGGAAUAUCUCUACACAUAAAUGUUACGCAACAGUGUUCCUCCUUUGUGGAUUACCAGACCAUAUUCAUCUACUACACCCUGAUAUUUCGAAAACAAAAACGCUGUCGUCUUUAAUACACCAGUCCCCAUCGCGCAUCGACACAACACGACAUUUCUUCGAACGCAUAAUUUGCAAUAACUAUUCAUUCAUACCCAGAACUGUUGCUUUAUCCAUCAUUUUGGAGCAUAGUUGUGAAAGGUAGAUCUUGGAAUUUAUCCGUGAAGAUCCUGAUUGAAAGUUGAGUUGAGCUGAGCGCCGACGGCCUCUGCGCCGCCAUUGUGUUAUACCUAUGCAUCAUUUGUAUUCAUCAUCAAAAGGCGAUCAACUCUGCCCGUUAGGCUUCCAUCCUCAAGUUCGAUGGCCGACCAGAUGUAAAAGAUGCUUUCGCGAUUACAAGGAGCACGGUGGGAAGAGGGGAGGUGAUGAUGUGGCCGCAUCGUCGCCGAAUCUAUCCGAUGGAUCAAAUGCAAAACCUUCUUCACGAUCUUGGACAUCCACACAAAAUUUGUCAACAAAUGGCAAUGAUGUUGUUGUUCAAUAUAAUAUAGAGCUUAAGAAACGCCCCCAAUCAUGGACUUCAACACCGGAUUUAGAUGAAAAGAAUAAUAAAUCCGCUGCCAUGGUUAUAAGACCAGUGGAAAAUAAUGUUGAUGUUUCUUUAAGUGUCCAAAUACCACCGAGGAGGCAUACAACAACUUUGGAUUUGAAAGAGUUGGAAGAAACAGUUACAGUUAAGCGGCCAUCAUCAACAUCGUUAUCAUCAUCACCGUCAUCAUCAUCCACUUCAAAGGAUAUUCCAGACGAUUUAGUCAUUCAGUACAACGACAGCCUCGCUGAGCGAAUGCGUAAAAUGAAUCUUCUUAAAAAACAAAAGAGCUUAAAUGCUCGUGAAUCAAGCCGUGAACGUGCAGUUGCAAAGAAGGAAGAAACUACAAGCAACCAUAACUCGAUAGAGAAUAGCACUCCUCCAGAUCGACCAGAACGUAGACAGUCUAGUUCCUCUACAACAGAUUCAUCUAAAAAACUUCAAAGUGCUCCGAAGAAAUCUACAACUUCAACCACUUCAUCAUCACCAACAUCACCCAAACCAUCUUCAACAACAUCGACAAGUUCUUCAACAACAACUUCUAAAUUAUCAACAUCAUCGGGGACAUCAAAUAGUAGUUCAACAUCAAGUUUAUCUUCCAGGUCAUCAAGCAGCAGCGUAUCUUCGAAAAAAGAAUCUGACAAGCAACGAGCCACAAAAGAUGUUGAAUUUAUGUUAAAAAUAAAAGACAACCAAAAGGCUGUCUCGGAUAGAUAUAAUGAUAAUGCUUCUCUCACAACAGAAACCACUGAUACAACUAUCAUUGGAAGCCACAACCAGGAGCUUCAAGAUGAGCUGAAAUCACUGCGAGCCGAGCUUGAUGCAAUGCGUGCUCGAGCUGAACGAGCUGAAAGGGAUAAAAGUGAUAUUUUGUUGAGACGAUUAGCUUCUAUAGACACUGGCCCGAACAGAACUGCUGCUUCGGAGGCUCUCAGCUUGCAACAGAGAGUCAAUGAACUAAAAGCACAACUUGAAAGGGUCACAGAUGAAAAGAGAUCCCUCAACACUCGAUUAAAAGAAAUCGAAAACGGACCGAAAAGUGUUGAAUAUGAGAUGAAACGAAAACUCCAAGCUGCCGAACAACUUUGUGAGGAACUUAUGGAAGAGAAUACAGAAGUCAAACGAGAAUUGCGAGGUCUAGAAGCUGAAAUGGAAGAGAUGCAUGAUAGCUUUCGGGAUACACAGGCUGAGGUCAAUACAACUUUGCAGAAACAGCUUGAAUCAACUACAAAGAAUUGUAGGAUUCUAAGUUUUAAGCUGAAAAAAUGUGAACGUAAAAUUGACAGUUUAGAACAGGAAAAACAGGCUAGCUGUAAUGAAGACAUGGCUAACAAAAUUAAGAAGCUUGAAGAAGAAUUGAGGUUUUCCAAUGAGUUGGCCAGAAAGUUACAAACCGAAGCGGAUGAGCUUCGUAAUCCUGGGAAAAAGAAGCCACCAAUGUUGGGGGUCAUAGGUAAGUCAACUUCAGCUGACGGAAAGUUUACACGAGAAUCAUUAACUCGAGGUGGUUCACAUGAAGAUCCUCAGCAGCUUAUGAGAGAUUUACAAGACUCCAUCGAACGAGAAUCAGAUUUGAAGGAUCAAUUGAAGUUCUCCGAACAAGAGGCUGAAAAUUUAAGGAGAAAACUUGUACGUUUUGAAGAUGAAAAUGAAUCCAUGAUGAUGCAGUUGAAAAAAAUGGCAUCUCGUUCGAGAAGUCGAAAACUGAGCCCAACACCAAAUCGUUUAACUCCUGAACCCUUAUCCGAUCGAGAUGAAGGUAUUUCCGAUGAAGAUGAUCCCGCUGAACUUCGCAUACUACUUGAACUAAACGAACAGGAAGCCUCCAUCCUGCGUCUCAAAGUCGAAGAUCUUGAAAAGGAAAAUACAGAAACAAAGAAACAAGUAAAAGAACUUCAAUCUAAGUUACAAAACAGCGAUAGUAGUCGAAAGCUUCCAAGUUUAUUCGGAUCAUCAAAUUCUGCAUCUUCGGACAAAAAGCUUAAAGCUCUGAGUGAUGAAUUAUCCGCACUGCGAAAGUCUCUGAUUGAAAAAGAUCGCCAAAUCGAAAGACUUCAAGCUGAGAUUUCUGCCAAAUCAAGUGGUAAAUCUCAAGACAUCGAUCUUAAGAGACAAUUAGAUUUGGUCGAACAAGAAGCUUCAAUACUUCGCUCAAAACUUUCAACUUUAGAGACAGAAAAUGAGAAACUUCUCAAAGACAAUAAGAGAAUGCAAUUGCAGGCUCUACGAAAACCUUCAAUGAAUGGAGCGGCUGAUAAGUCUAGUGCUGAGCUAAUAAGUUUAAAGGAAUCAUUAAGCGUAGCGGAGAAAGAGCGUGAUGAAUUGAGUACAAAAUUAAAAUUGAUUCUUCAAGAAGCCGAAGAAAAGCUGCCACAACGAACACCAAGGAAAGUCACAGACUUAACACCAAAGAAUCAUUUGAAGAAAUGGGUUGAUGAAUUAGAAGACGAAAUUAAAGAAAUGAGAGCAAUAGUACUGAAUAGCAAUGGAGAUAAGGUUCAGAAGCUAGAAACGGAAAAGGCAUCACUCGAAAAAGAUUUGAGGACAGCUAAGGAGCAGUUAACAUCUGCAGAAAAUGAUUUGAAAAAAAUGAAAGGAUCUUCGAGUCAAUCAUCGAAAAUUUCAGACUUGGAGCAAAAAAUGAAGAAAUCUGAUGAAGAAAACAAAAAAUUAAACUCAAAGAUUAAGGAUCUUGAGGAUAAAGUCAAGAAACAGGAUACACAGAUCAAACUAACUGAAGCAGCAAAAACUAACCUAGAAGCACAGGCAAAGAAAGACAAAGAUAAGUUUGCUAAUCUUGAAAAAGACUACGAAAAAGAACGUAAGGAGAGAGAAAAAUGGGAAUCUAAGGUAUCACAGCUCGAUGAUGAUUUGACUUCGUUGAAGAAAUCAGCUGACAAAACGAAGACUUCACUGGAGAAGGAAAUCAAAGAUCUGAAGUCCAAGUCUGCCAGUUCGAAGGCAGAACAGGCUUCAUCAAAGCAAAUUCAAGAACUCAAAAAACAAUUAGAAGAUCUCCAAACUCAACUAACCCAAGAGCAAAAACGUUACUCGGAUUUAAAUGCUCAUUGGGAGACACUAUCCGAAGAAACAAUACUCAUGAGAGCACAACUUUCUACAGAGAAGGAAAAUCUACAAGCUGAAUUAACAUCGACAAAACAAAGGCUUGGUGAAAUGGAAUCAAUUCGAACUGAAAAGUCAGAGCUUGCGAAGCGACUCAAGGAUCUUCAGAGAAAGCUACAAGAUCUAGAAUCGAAGAAUAUCAAAGCUGGUGCCGCCGAAUAUGAGAAGACUAUGCUGAAGAAUACAAUCGCUGAAAAGGAGCGAGAAUAUGAUCGUUUGCGUCGGGAAAAUGAAAUGAAUAUUGAUCUUGUAUUCCAGCUUCGCAAGGAUAAUGAUGAUCUCAAUCAAAAGUUGAGCGACUUUAGCCGAAUCGAACAGGCUCAGUCUUCGAUCAAUGGACACAAUGCUGGCCUUCAGAAUGAGAUUAAAUCAAUGAAGAUCAGGUUAGAAAAUGCUGAAUUAAGUGCCAAGUCCGAAGUUGCUUCCACCAGACUACGCUAUGAGCAACAAGUGAAGAACUUGAGUGCUGAGCUAACUUCAAUGCAGAGACAAUGUGAAAGAUUUAAAAAAGAUCGUGAUACAUUCAAGCAGCUUUUAGAGUCAGCUCAAAAGAAGAUAGGUGAUCUUAAGGCCAAUACUGGACGUCAAAGCCGAGGAUCUAUGCAUAGCAGUGAUGACGACGACAAGAGCAAAAUUGCUUACCUCGAGCAACAGAUCGGUUGCCUUGAAGAUCAGCUAUGCGAAGCACGUUUGGAUGUGAGCAAAUUUAAAACGGAACUUGUCUCAGAACGCAGUGCAAACGAGAUAAAAAUCUCCGAAAUGCGAUCAAAGCUCAAUGAAUUCGAAGAAGAACGAGUGAUAGGUUCAGGUCGUACUAAAAUCCCCGGAAUGAAGACCAAACUUGAGCUAUCAUGGCAAAAAGAACGUGAAGAUCAACAACGUCUUCUUCAAGAGACUUCAACAUUAGCCCGUGACUUGCGCCAAACACUCUUCGAGGUCGAAAGAGAACGUGAUAAAGAACGUCUAGAAUCGAAACGUCGAUCCGAUCAACUCAGACGAAGCACUGAAGAAGAACUAGAAGAGGGAAGGAAGAAAAUUGCCGAAUUGCAAUGCGAUCUCCUUGAGUUGCGUGAUGUUCAUGCCAAACUUCGAACUUCGAAUGAGAAACUUCGACGUGAAAGGGAACGAUAUGAGAAGGAAUUGAUAAAACGACGAAUGGAACACGAUGGUGGUGAGCGCAAGGUAGGAGCUCUGCUACAAACUGUGGACGAAUUGGUGAAAAUCGCUCCGGAUCUAAAGCUGGCAUCAAAUUCUUCGUCCUCGUCUUCGACCGGAAAUAGACUUAAACCCGACGUUGCAUCACGUCAAAGAAGUAGAAGUCCAUCACCAACAUUAUCGAGUAGCCAAAUAUCGAGUGUUUUAGCUCGACUGGCUGAAGCAUCAGAAGAACUAAGGAAAUUCCAACGUAUUGGAGAGGAAGAAAACGAACGUAGUAGGUUAAGGAGGAGUAAUUUAAGAAGAGCAGCAUCACAAGAAAAUGAUGCCGCCGGAGGAAAUAGUGGCCAAUCGACGCCAAGUCGAUCGGGUAGUACAAAACUGUCACGUUCAACUAAUGGAAGUUUGUACAGAAAGAGUUUGUCAUUGGAUCAUUCCAUACAGCAAGAUCAGGCAAUAUGGCGUCAAGACGAUGGAAGCGUAUCGUCGAUUCAAUCAAUGGACUCAGAAAUGGGUGGAAUGGUGCGUGAUUCUAGUAUGGAUUCAAGAUUGGACUCUCGUCUGUCAGGUGGCUCGACACAGAGUGACAUCCCAAGAGGACCACGAAAGAAAAAGAAGAGUCUUAUGGGAAAACUAAGAAGUCUAACUAAGUCGAGUAGGAAUUCAGAAAGUGAAAUAUCGGUCCAAGGAUCAGAUUCUGACAUUAGCGUUGCUAGUGAUAUGAGAUCUAGCAAAAAAGAUCUUCGAGGUCGUUUGUCGGGCAUGUUCCGGCGAUCAGGAUCAGCGACUCGAAGUGCAAGUGUUGAAAGACCACCAUCUACCACUCAGCCACGACCAGUGGCAGUGACAGUGGUUGGAGAUGAAAACGGGCCUGGUCCUCAUAAUCCACCACCGCCAAAUGCUACAACUCCCAAACCAAUUCGAUCGAUUUCAAAACCUCCAACACCAACUACACCAAUUACAAAGAGACGGACAGCAAAAUGAGAUUAAUAAAUGAAAGGUGCGAGACUUAACUAAAAAUAAGAAUAAGAUAAAAAUAGAACUAAAUAUUUUUCUUGUAUUAUUCCUUUUCCAUAUUGUUUUGUUUUAUAUAAAUUAUAAAAAAUGUUGUUUUGUUUUCAUUUGCUAUUUUAAUUUUUAAAUCUUAUAUUACCUACUUUAUAUAAUAAAUAAUUAGUUCUUUUUAAAUGUUAAUUAGGAAUUAAAAAUUGUCUUUGUAUUACAUAAAAUAUAUAUAAAUAAAUUUAUCAUCAGUGGUCAUA